AUGCAAUCCAAGCCGAGACGAAGACGAUCGUCGGCGGAUAAAAAUUCAGCAAAAUCACAGAGCUGUGAUCAACUCACUGACAUCAAUAGCACAUCGACACAGAACUCGCCGGUUAAAGCUUUGCAUAGUCUUCCAGAGAGACUAUCUGAAAGUAGCGAUAACAUAGACUUCAAGGAAUCACAAGAGAAUUCACGUAGGUGUAGAAGCUUCGAAGGCAUAUUGGAUGCGGAUGAUAAAAUGCACUCACAACUCUCACUGCCUGCACCUGUAGACGCUACUACACAGAUAAAGAGGAAGAAGAAUUUCAUGGACAGAUGUGUGAAUAAAGUAAGACUUUGCUGA